AAAGCCUUCUCCUCAAGCAGUACUUCACCCUCCUGCACUAGACGCCUCCAGGGAGCUGGAGCGGAGCAGGGCUCGGUGGGCCAGUUCUUAGCAACCCAGGGCUAAGACCCGGUGUGGAGGGGAACAACCACAGACGCGGCGGCUUCGCCAGGCGCGCUGAAAGUGCAGGGGACGCGCCCGCCUGCCUUGGCUGCCGCACCCAUGACCUCUAGUUUCAGCUGUGAACCUGGGCGGAGGAAUAAUUGAGGAACUCACGGAACUAACUAUCAACUGGCGACAAACCUGCGAUCGCCACGGUCCUUCCGCCCUCUCCUUCGUCCGCUCCAUGCCCAAGAGCUGCGCCCCGGCGCUGGGGCGAGGAGAGCCAUGGAGGAACCGGGUGCUCAGUGCGCUCCACCGCCGCCCGCGGGCUCCGAGACCUGGGUUCCUCAAGCCAACUUAUCCUCUGCUCCCUCCCAAAACUGCAGCGCCAAGGACUACAUUUACCAGGACUCCAUCGCCCUACCCUGGAAAGUACUGCUGGUUAUGCUACUGGCGCUCAUCACCUUGGCCACCACGCUCUCCAAUGCCUUUGUGAUUGCCACAGUGUACCGGACCCGGAAGCUGCACACCCCGGCUAACUACCUGAUCGCCUCUCUGGCGGUCACCGACCUGCUCGUGUCCAUCCUGGUGAUGCCAGUCAGCACCAUGUACACUGUCACCGGCCGCUGGACACUGGGCCAGGUGGUCUGUGACUUCUGGCUGUCGUCGGACAUCACUUGUUGCACUGCCUCCAUCCUGCACCUCUGUGUCAUCGCCCUGGACCGCUACUGGGCCAUCACGGACGCCGUGGAGUACUCAGCUAAAAGGACUCCCAAGAGGGCGGCGGUCAUGAUCGCGCUGGUGUGGGUCUUCUCCAUCUCUAUCUCGCUGCCGCCCUUCUUCUGGCGUCAGGCCAAGGCCGAAGAGGAGGUGUCGGAAUGCGUGGUGAACACCGACCACAUCCUCUACACGGUCUACUCCACGGUGGGUGCUUUCUACUUCCCCACCCUGCUCCUCAUCGCCCUCUACGGCCGCAUCUACGUAGAAGCCCGCUCCCGGAUUUUGAAACAGACGCCCAACAGGACCGGCAAGCGCUUGACCCGAGCCCAGCUGAUAACCGACUCCCCCGGGUCCACGUCCUCGGUCACCUCUAUUAACUCGCGGGUUCCGGACUUGCCCAGCGAAUCCGGGUCUCCUGUGUACGUGAACCAAGUCAAAGUGCGAGUCUCCGACGCCCUGCUGGAAAAGAAGAAACUCAUGGCCGCUAGGGAGCGCAAAGCCACCAAGACCCUGGGGAUCAUUCUGGGAGCCUUUAUUGUGUGUUGGCUACCCUUCUUCAUCAUCUCCCUAGUGAUGCCUAUCUGCAAAGAUGCCUGCUGGUUCCACCUAGCCAUCUUUGACUUCUUCACGUGGCUGGGCUAUCUCAACUCCCUCAUCAACCCCAUAAUCUAUACCAUGUCCAAUGAGGACUUUAAACAAGCAUUCCAUAAACUGAUACGUUUUAAGUGCACAAGUUGACUUGCCAUUUGCAGUGGGGUCGCCUAAGCGACCUUUGGGGACCAAGUUGUGUCUGGUUCCACAGGUAGGUCGAAUCUUCUUUCGCGGUUACUGGGUCCCAGCGAGGCUCUCUCUCCUGGGCAAGGGCAAUGGAUCCUGAGAAGCCAGGAUAGGCCUGAGAGAGAGCUCGGAAAGGAGAAGUGUUGAAACUAAAUGUAGAGCUUCCCUGCCCAGGAGGAGGCUCACUUCCUCCCUUCAAGCCCCGGGCUCAGCACUGACCCUGCGGCAGCCAGUCCCAAAGGGGGUUGCAACUUUUAAAAAUUGAUGAUGGAAGGGAAUCCCUGCCCUUCUUUGGUAUCGUGGAUAAUGCCCACUAGAAGCAGUGUACUUGUAAUUGUUGUCUGAAGCCUGUCUGAGACAGAUCUACAUACAGCCUGGCAGUACUUGAACUAGACGCUUAAUGCCCUGUGUUUUUGGGGAGAACUUUGUGUCACAGCUUAAUUUAAGAACAGUUACUUUGGCAUCAUUCAGUCUUCACUUUUUGUCUAUUUAAACUUGGUUGGAGAAACUUGUGGAUUUGGUGCUUCAAACCCUAUGUGUGGCUUGGAUGGCGCAGAGAAACCUCGAAGAGUUAACAGCAAAAUUCUGAUGCUGAGAUCUCUAUUUUUAUUAUACUUGAAACUAUAUGGGGGUGGGUGGGUGGGAAUGGGAGAUGAGGAGUGUUAAACUGAGAAUCAACACCUAUGAUUGUUUGUUUUCUGCAGAUUUGUAAUUUUGUAAUUCCUGUUUAGCGAUUGUCAAGCCACAACUCUAACAAACAAACCAUUAUGUGUGCUAGUGCCAAAGUCUGCAGACUGCUUUAUUUUUUCUCUUAAUUUCAUGUACCUGUCACUUUACACAUUUAAAUCCCCAUAAAUGAAGGGUAUGAUGGGUGACUCAGCCCACACUGCUGCUAUAUUUCUUACUAAUGCAAUUGGUAAAACCGAUUAGUAUUGGAAAUAUACUGUUUCUUAACAAGAAAAGUGUCUUUAUUUCUUAUCCAAUUUAGUGAGAUGUGAAGGAGACUGAUGACAUGGGGAUAGUUCUUACACAAUUGAGGAAUGGGGUGGGGGCAAUAGGAGGAUGUAUAUUUUGACUUGUAAAAAAAUCUUAAAAUGCAUGAAACUUUUAUCUGAUAGUCAUUUGCACUCUCCUUCCCAUCUGUGAUUCCUUGUGUGCUAACAUAUAAAGAAACCAAGAGAACUAUCUUCCUUCUCCAGAAACCUUAAAAAUACAGUAAGGGCCCUAAAAACAAUAUUGAAAAGAAAAUAAACUUGU